UUUCUUUCUUUCUUUUUUCUACUUUUUUUUAGCCCACAGCUCGUGCCAGAAAACACAGUGCCCUUUUCAAGGCCAGCUCCAAAAAGUAAUUCUGUGCCCAAUGUUUGCACGUGUGUGUAUGUACAUAAACAUGAGCUUAAAAAAGUGACAGACUCUUUGCUAUGUACAGACCUAGACCACUGUUUGUUCUGACAUAAAUAAGCCAUUUCUUAUUGUGUGUGUAAAGGACUGUUUCGUGGAAACCACGCUGACAUCUGCCGGCCUAAUGAUCCACUUGUUGGCAGCAGCUGCGGUCCUCCAGUUGGCCUCUUAUCUCCACGUCUAGUGACAUUUACACACGUUAGGUGUACAAAGCAACACAACGCAGGAAUACCUAAUCCCUCUGUUUUGUGUGCUUUCUUCCCCUCUCAGAACAGCCAUGCCUGUCAGUAGUGCAACACAGUGCAGGUGAAUUGCUCCAGGACCCUCGGAAUCUGCCUCAGGACCAGACGUCCCACUCACCAUCAUGGCACGCUGCUGGCUCACUGUUACCCCAGCCCAACUGGCAGGCGGGCGGCUGGCCGGACAGGGACAGACGGUUGGCCAGAGACGGAGGAUCAGGUGGACGACCCGUUGGGCGACCGAUCAGAGACGGAGCCUGAGCUGGAUCGGAAGCCCGAAUCGGAGCUGGAUCGGGAGCAGGAGCUGGAGCCGGAGUCUAACUCGCGACUGGAGCCCGAAUCGGAUCCGGAGCAGGAGCCGGAGUCGAACUCGCGACAGGAGCCCGAAUCGGAGCCGGAUCCGGAGCGGGACCAGGAGCCGGAGACGAACUCGCGACUGGAGCCGGAGUCGGGACUGGAGCUUCAGCCGGUGUAGGAGUCUGACUCGGGGCCGGAGUCAGAGCAGGAUCAGGAGCCUCACUCGGGGCUGGAGAGCAAGCUGGAGCCGGAAUCGGGACUGGAGCUGGAGCUACCAGAAGAACUGCAGGCCCAGGGUGUUGGGGAGCUGGGACUGCAGAGGGACCUGGUCCAUCCUCCUCAGAGGACCAGUCAUCCUCAGUGGUUUCCCCCUCCUCUUCAUCUUCCCAGAACAGCUCUCAGGGCAUUAG